GAUACUUUAGCAUUUUUGUUUGGAAUUUUCAUGGAAUUGGCUGCGCACUGGACAGACGUACCGUGCACGUCACCAGCACCAAGUCAUCGCUUGCAAAAGCCAGAGCAUGUGCCGAGAAUUCGAGCUCGUGUCGGCUUGCCAAUGAGCCUUGGAACCUCUCUGACCCUUGGACGAGUCUCGGCCAACACGAUCGCCGUCUUCAACCAUAGGAUUCAAGAUCCACCGCGAUUCUUCUGCCCCAACGUCCACCGCGACUACAUGGCCGAUAAAACAAAAAUCGAGGCUCAACCAAAACUGGAGAGCAUCGGGAAAGACAAGGAAUUAGAAGAAAAAUUGAAGACGAAGGAGGAGAAAUGGACGUCGCCGCCACCGCCGGAGAAGCCACUGCCGGGAGAUUGCUGUGGCAGUGGAUGCGUGCGGUGCGUGUGGGACGUUUACUAUGAGGAGCUUGAGGCAUAUGACAAGCUUUGCAAAAGCGAUUCUGAGUCCAAAUCCACGCCCUCCUGAUGUUUGUUGUUUUGUUUUUCGCUUUGGUUCACAUUCGUGAUUUGUUUUGAUUAUGUUAUCGGCUUCUGAUCAUGGUUGAUUGGUGAAAA